CAAUAUUAUAUAAUAUCAAUAGUUGAAUAAAUAUGAGUAAUAGAAUUAUUUAAAAUGAGUGCUAAUAGCCGUAAAGGGCCGAUAAUAGAUCCGGGUGUGUGUCGAUGUUGUGGUUCACUAAAGAAAUGUCGAAUAAUUAAUAUUGAAUAUGAGUGGCAGGGGCAGAAAGAAAUCUAUUCCGAUAUGUUUGUGGACUGUUUCGGACUUUUGUUAUCACACUUAGAUGGAGGUCCUUCAGAACGGUUGAUAUGUGCUACAUGUGUCAACCGAUUAAGAGAGGCCUGUGCAUUCCGGAAGCAAGUGCUGCGCUGUGAGGAGUUGUUACUUUCUGCAAAAAUACAGUUACAUAAUGAUGAUGGAGAGAGUAAAGAAGGAAUACAACCUGAUGUUAAAAAAGAGAAAAUAGUUGAAAAUGAAGUUGAUGAAGAUGAUGAUGAUGAUGCAGUAAACUCUGAUUACGAUCCAGAAGUGAAACCGAGAAUAACAAGAAGUUCUGUGAAAAAGAGCAAAGUGUUGAAACGUAAACGGAAAACUAAAGAGUCUAUCAGUGAGAAAGCGACGCACGAUCUGAUGACGCGAAUGCAGCACCAGAUGAACAAGUUAGAAGAUGCAGAUGUACCUGAACAAAAAGGAAAUGUAAAGAAUAAAAAUACCAACGAUAAUGAAAUGAUGGCUCAUCACAAUACAGUAUCCAUUGUAGAGACUUCUUACGUCUGUCCAUUCGACACUUCAUUCAGUGAUUAUUACUGCAUUUAUUGCAGGAAACAGUUCACAGAUCCUAAUAAACUCAGAGAACACACUAUGACUCACGAUCCACAAAAAUAUAAAGAACUCCCCCACAAGAAAACACUUCAAAUCGAUAUCCUAAGAAUCGAUUGUAGAUUGUGCCCGCAAAGAAUCGAUAACAUCGAUGAUUUGAAGCGUCACAUCACUAAUAUCCACCAUAAAGUUCUAUAUCCAAACAUAGAUAAUGAAUUUUUGAAAUUUCGACUCACAUUAGGCAGGUUAAUUUGCACGGAAUGUAAUAAUUCGUAUACAUUUUUUCACGCUUUAAAAAAACAUAUGGCCGAACACUUCGGUACUUGUAUUUGUGAUAUUUGCGGCGCUCAUUAUUUCCAAGAACGAAUGCUUCUACUUCAUCAAAAAACACAUCAAAGAGUUGAUGAAAAUUAUCCUUGUAAAGAAUGCGGGAAGAUGUUUAAAUCAAAACAUAAUAGAUAUUUGCAUAUAGCUAGGACACAUAAAAAAGAACCCGCAUAUCCUUGCGCUAAAUGCGACGAAGUCUUGUUCUCGUAUACACUAAGAUAUCGUCAUAUGAUAGAAGUGCAUGGUGACGAAAGGUUGUUCCAAUGCGAGCAGUGUGACAGAGCGUAUGAUAGUAGAAAAUCUUUAAGAGAACACAAUAGAAGGUUCCAUUUGAAAAUAUUUAAACAUCAGUGUGAUUUGUGUGAUAAAAGAUUUUAUCUACCUUCGCGGUUAAGAGAGCAUAUGGCCUCACAUAGUGGUGAAAGGAAUUUCCGCUGUGAAUACUGUGGGAAAAGUUAUCCGAGAUUACGUGGGUUAAAAGUUCAUAUGCAAUCACAUAGUACUGAAAAGAAAUAUAAAUGUACGUUAUGCAGUGCUUCCUUCACUCAGAAUGUUAAUUUGAAAAAUCAUAUAAAAAGGCAACAUCAGAGCGCUGAGGAAGAGUACCAUGAAUAAAUAUUAGAUUAGUGUAUUCCAAAGUGCUUGAGGUGGACCCUCAGGUGACCACGGAGGACCCGCUUCCUCAAAUCAGUAAAAUUUUGAUAUCUGUGAGAAAAUAGUUAAAAAAUCUCUUGUUGAUGGUACGCAUCAUAACUUUUCAUGUCACUUUCUUCUUUCACGAUUUCUUAGUAUGAUAGGAAAUUCGAGGCGACACUGAACGUGUGUUAAAUUAUUUGA